AUCACUCCAGAAGGAACUAGGCCUCAAAGUUGUGCCUAAGAAGAAUGAGGCUUAAAAGCUGAGUGAGGAAAGACUAGGCCUCAAAGUUUGGUCAAAAAAAAUUCCGCCUGGAAAUCACUCUGAAAAGGUUUUUCUGAGGGAGAAUAGGCCUCAAACCCUUACCAAAAGGAUUAGGCCUCAAGUCUUCUCCGAAGAAAACUUGGCCUGGAAAUCACUUCCGAAAGGACUAGGCCCCAAGGCUUUGCUGAGCAAAACUAGGCCUCAAAAUCUUGGCUGCAAGCCUUCUCUGAGGGAGACUAGGCCUCAAAUUUAGUCCAAGAAAGACUAGGUCUCAAAUUUUGGUGAUGAAGAACUAGGCCUGGCCAAAAGGACUAAGUCUCAAGGCUUCUCUGAAUGAGACUAGGCCUCAAAUUCAGACCAAGAAGAACUAGGCCUCAAGGCUUAUCUGAAGGACACAAAGCCUUAAAUUUAGGCCAAAAAGGACUAGGCCUCAUAGUUUUGUCAAGAAAGAUUGGGCUUCAAAGUUUGGUGAAGAAGAACUAGACCUGGAAACCACUCUUUAAAAGGGCUAGGCCUAAAUUCUUCUCUGAGGGAGACUAGGCCUGAAAAUCACUCUGAAAAAGACUAGGCUGCAAGGCUUUGCUGUGGAAAACCAGGCCUCAAAUCCAGGCCAUGAAAGACUACGCCUUGAGGGAAAUUAGGCCUGCAAAUGACUCCCAAAAGGACUAGGCCUCAAGGCUUCUCUGAAGGAGACUAGGUUUCAAAUCCAGGCCAAGAAAGAUUAGGUCUUGAGGCUUCUCUGAGGGAAAUUAGGCCUUAAAGUUGGGCCAAAAAGGACUAGGCCUCAAAGAUUGUUGAAGAAAACUAGUCCUGGAGAUCACUCCAAAUCACUAGGCCUUAAGGCUUCUCAAAUCCAGGCCAAGAAAAACUAGGCCUCAAAGUUUGGUCAAGAAGAAAUACUAGGCCUCAAGCCUUUGCUGGGGGAAGCAAGGCCUCAAAUUCAGACCUAAAAGACUAGGCCUCAAGCCUUUUCUGAGGGAAACUAGGCCUGAAAAUCACUCCAAAAAAGGCUAAGCCUCAAGGCUUCUCUGAGGGAGACUAGGCCUGAAAAUCACUCCAAAAAAAAAGGCUACGCUUCAAGGCUUCUCUGAGGGAGACUAGGCCUCAAAUUUGAUCAAGAAAGACUAGACCUCAAAUUUAGGCCAAGAAAGACUAGGCCUCAAGGCUUUGCUGAGGAAAACUAGACCUCAAAUUUAGGCUAAGAGUAACUAAGCCUCAAGGCUUUGCUAGGGGAAACUAGGCCUCAAAUUCAGGCCUCAAAAUCCUCAAGGAUUCUGUGAGGGAGACUAGGUCUCAAAUUUGAUUAAGAAAGACUAGGCCGCAAGGCUUUGCUGAGGAAAACUAGGCCUCAAAUUCAGGCCAAAAAGACUAGAUCUCAAAGUUUGAUCCGGAAAAACUAGGCCUGAAAAUAAUUCCAGGACUAGGCCUCAGUGCCAUAAUUUAUGCAGGCCCCUCCCCUUGCAUUGACCUAUCAGAAGAGAGAAACUCAUUAUCUAUGUAAGCCCCGCCCCUUUGAGGUGGUGAGAAGAGGGGAGAACCAUAAUUUAUGCGGGCUCCACCUCUAGGAUUGACCUAUCUGGAGAAAGAAGUACUAUCUCUGCAAACCUGGCCGGUUGAAAGAAGAGGAAAGUUCCAUAAUUUAUGCAGGGAUCUCCCCUUGAGGACGAAUUGGAAGAGUGAAAGGAGGGGAGGAGCUUAAUUACCUAUGCAAGCCCCGCCCUCUUGCACUGGUGACUUCUCUGAGGGAUACUACGCUUCAGAUCCAGGCCAAAAGGGACUAGAUCUCAAGACCCAAUUCCAAGAUGGCAGACCUGGAGGCGGUGCUGGCAGAUGUGAGUUACCUGAUGGCCAUGGAAAAGAGCCGCGGUCGUCGUGGAGAAGACCCCUCUGGCCCCACACCCCUCCCCUGGAGAGGCAAGAAGGCCCCUCUCCUCCCAGACAGCUGUAUCCGGAGCGUAAUGCAAAGGUAUUUAGAAGAAAGAGGAGAAUCAACCUUUGACAAGAUUUUCAACCAGAAGAUUGGCUUUUUGCUGUUCAAAGAGUUUUGUGAAAAGAACUUUGAGGAAGGAGUCGCUCAGUUGAGGUUUUAUGAAGCGAUAAAAGAAUUUGAAAAGAUCUGUUCGGAGGAGGAGCGUUUGAUUUGUGGACGAGAGAUUUAUGGCUCCUUCAUCAUGAAAGGGUUGCUCUCUUCCUCCCACCCUUUUUCAAAGCUGGCCGUCAGCCAAGUCCAGACUCAACUUGCGAAGAAACAAGCCCCACCAAGCCUUUUCCAGCCCUAUUUGGUGGAAAUUUGCGAUAGCCUUCGAGGGAAAAUAUUUGAAAUGUUUCUGGAGAGUGAUAAAUUUACUCGUUUUUGCCAAUGGAAAAAUGUUGAGUUGAACAUUCAUCUGAGCAUGUCAGACUUCAGUGUGCAUCGCAUUAUUGGCAGAGGAGGAUUCGGAGAAGUCUAUGGAUGCCGCAAGGUCGAUACGGGAAAAAUGUACGCAAUGAAGUGCUUGGACAAGAAGCGGAUCAAGAUGAAACAAGGAGAAGCCCUGGCGCUCAAUGAACGCAUCAUGCUCUCCCUCGUCUCCACCGGGGACUGUCCUUUCAUUGUCUGCAUGACCUAUGCCUUCCACACUCCGGACAAACUUUGCUUCAUUUUGGACCUCAUGAAUGGAGGGGAUUUGCAUUAUCACCUGGCACAACACGGAGUCUUUUCAGAGAAAGAGAUGCGUUUCUAUGCGGCGGAAGUCAUCCUUGCCUUGGAACACAUGCACCAACGCUUCGUCGUAUACCGAGACCUGAAGCCGGCAAAUAUCCUGCUGGAUGAACGCGGUCAUGUCCGUGUCUCAGAUUUGGGCCUGGCCUGCGAUUUCUCCAAGAAGAAGCCCCACGCAAGCGUGGGAACUCACGGCUACAUGGCCCCAGAGGUCUUGCAGAAGGGCACUUCCUAUGACAGCAGUGCCGACUGGUUCUCCCUGGGCUGCAUGCUCUUCAAGCUCCUCCGCGGUCACAGUCCUUUCAGGCAACACAAAACGAAGGACAAGAACGAGAUUGACCGCAUGACUCUCACCGCGAAUGUGGACUUGCCGGACAUGUUUUCUCCAGAACUCAAGUCUCUAUUGGAAGGACUGCUUCUGCGGGAUGUGAACAAGAGGCUUGGGUGCAAAGGACGCGGAGCCCAGGAGGUAAAGGAGCACCUUUUCUUCAAAGGGAUCGAGUGGCAGCAUGUCUGUCUCCAAAAGUACUCUCCACCCCUGGUUCCACCUCGAGGGGAAGUCAAUGCUGCUGACGCUUUUGAUAUCGGCUCUUUUGACGAGGAAGACACCAAAGGCAUUAAGUUACUGGACAGUGACCAGGAACUGUAUAGGAAUUUCCCAUUGGUCAUUUCGGAGCGUUGGCAACAGGAAGUGGCUGAAACCAUCUUCGAAGUGGUCAACGCCGAAACAGACAAAAUCGAAUCCCGAAAACGAGCCAAGAACAGACUCCUUGGCCACCAGGAAGAUUAUGCUCUGGGGAAGGACUGUAUUAUGCAUGGCUACAUGCUGAAACUGGGGAAUCCCUUCCUUACGCAAUGGCAGCGAAGGUAUUUCUAUCUCUUCCCCAAUCGACUCGAAUGGCGUGCAGAGGGAGAUUCGCGGCAAAGCCUGUUGACAAUGGAGCAGAUCCUGUCGGUGGAGGAAACACAGGUCAAGGACAAGAAGUGCAUCUUGUUCCGGAUCAAAGGAGGGAAGCAGUUCAUCCUUCAAUGUGAGAGUGAACCUGAAUUCGUCCAAUGGAAGAAGGAGUUGACGGAGGCCUUCCUGGAUGCUCAGAAGCUGUUCCGACGCGCACCAAAGUUCCUAAACAAAUUAGUGAAAUAACGUCUUUCGUUAGGAGAGAAAGAAAAUGAGUCUGGUGAAAAAGACGGAAACAAUAUUGAACUCUGUUUAAUUAUUUAGUUAUUUUAAUUUAUUUUAAUUUAUUUUAAUAAUUUAAUGUACUUGUUUAAAACAGUGCUGAAAUUAGAGCUGUUUAAAGCGGCCACGGGUGGUGAGAUCCAAGCCCCAGAUACCUGAAACAUGGAUACCAAGUCCUGAUAAGCGGUUACUGGUAUUGGUGACCGCCUUCCUGUAGGUCCGUGCACCUGGCGAGCAAAGACGCCGAAUGUUCCCAAAUAAAUCUCACCAAAUUGA